AUGGCGACCAGAUCCUUGACGAGCAGCCCCGUGCCACUGGGUCAGGAAAGUCGCAGUGACGGCGGGGGCAGCCUGCCCAAUGCGGGCCUCAAGCGGACCCAUUUCCGCGAGGCAGUGAUGCCCCAAGGAACGCCCAAGGACAUGUACGACAGCCUGCUCAGUGACUCCAACAAGCGCGAGACGUCCAAGAGCAAGCCCUUCAUCGGGUUCGUCUCCCCGCACGACAACAUGGGCUCGCCCUUCUCCUCCCUGGCCGAGUUCAAGGACUUCAUGUAUUCGUACUAUACCGAGGGACAGUUCAUGAUCACCCAUAUGCGGGAUCGCGUUCCCCGCGACCUACCUGAGGUGACGCAGCUCUUGGAGGCUUCUUUUAAGCGCUACGUGAUGCUCAAGCUCGAGCUGGACUGCUACUUCUCGACGGUGGUCAACUACGAGCCGGGGAGGCUGGGUAUGAGCGACAUCCGCUUCUGGCCCCACCACAUCCUCAAGAACAUGGACGAGAACAUGAGCUGGGUCAUGGAGCUCAUUCGGAGGCGGCCGCACCUCAGCGAGUUCUACAACGACACUCUGGAGCAGCUCAAGCUCCUGCUCUACCAGAUGCGGUCAGCCACGCAGCUCUACGACUGGCGCAACAUCUGA